CUGGCCGGCCAGCUUGCGUCAGCCAGCAGGUUUAGUGAGGGAGGAGGGAGAGGAGCAAAAGUACGCACGGACUUGCAGAGCCCGAUUCUCUUUCAUCUCUGCGCAUCCCACACGUUUUUCUGCACGCCUUGGCAUCCAGCCAAGACCUUUAUCACUCUCCGCUCCACCACCCCCUUGGAUUCCAAGAUAUAGCUCUCCGCAAUGAUACCACCCUCUCAGUCACUUGUCCGGUAUGAGAAUCCUGUACUCAUCUCGCGAACAGACACCAACAUCAACAACAAGCAGGUGCCGCUGAAAGGCCCCGGCGGUGCCGUCGCACCCGCUGCUGCCCCCAACAUCGUCGACAAAAAACUUCCGGGUGGGCCCAAGAAGCUCCCGCCCGUCGACGACAAAUCCAGGGCCAAAACGCCGACCCAAACCGAAGACAUACUCAACUCGAUCCUUCCGCCAAGAGAAUGGGAAGAAUCGGGACAGCUGUGGGUCCAGAAGGUUUCGAGCACCCCAGCAACUCGCCUUGACGUCAUCAACCUGCAGGAACAGCUGGACCAUAUGCUUCAGAAACGGCAGGCGCGAGAGACCGGAAUCUGCCCCGUUCGUCGCGAGUUGUACAGCCAGUGCUUUGACGAGCUCAUCCGCCAAGUCACCAUCUCAUGCCAGGAGCGAGGACUGCUGCUACUGCGAGUCCGAGAUGAGAUCCGCAUGUCCAUUGCCGCCUACCAGACGCUCUACGAGAGCAGCGUCGCCUUUGGCAUGCGGAAGGCGCUCCAGGCCGAGCAGGGCAAAGCCGACAUGGAGAACACGAUCAAAGAACUGGAGGAAGAAAAACGACAGCUGGAGCAGAACGUUUUGGAGCUCAAGGCCAAGUGCGAGUCGAUAGAGAAGCGCGAGAGCGAGAGACGGGCCAUGGAGGAGCGCAAGCAUGCAGAGGAGAUUGCCUUCCUGAAGAAGACCAACGUCCAGCUCAAGACCCAACUCGAGGGUAUCCUGAGCCCACAAAAGAAGUAGACCCGCCACAGCCGGCCUUGACGUUGCUGUGUUUGUGGGGUCGCCAGGGCCGUCAAAGCCAGUCCAUCUCCUGUCGGCCCGUCUUCUCGAAGCCCGACGAGGAUCCCUUGGGCAUUCCUGGCAAAGCCAUGGGCCGGCUUGACCAAAUAACAGCCUUUCUUGCAGCGAUCUGCGUCAUAAAUCGUCUCGACUCUCGUCCGAUGACAAACCUUGACCUGGACAGGGGAUCGUAUGUUGGUCCCUCGGAAUGGGCAUCCU